AAGCGGACCAGACCAGGAGGGGCGGCGUUGAAUGACGGAUUACAGGAAGAGAAGGUCAAUGUGUAAAAUCCCCCUUGACCCUGUGACGUGACCUGCAUUAGUUCAAUGGCAUUUUUACAAGCGCUCAGUGAAGGCAAAUCACACACGCGUUCAAAUUUGGCCUCCGUUUCAUCGAUGUUAAGUCAGGUUGAUUGAAGACUCCAAAUUAUCUGAAGGUGCGAAUGCAAGUUUGAGGGGUCGUUGCGUCUCAACUCAUUGUGUAUCCCUCCCUCUCGCCUCCAAAUCAUCUGGGAUAUGCUCCUCCUUAUACCAAACGUGCCCCUAAUGCCAACAGACGAGCAUAGAGAAACGAUGGCCAUUUAUUGGUGUCCAACAUUUCACUCAAAGCAACUAUUCCAAAAAGCCAGAGCGUGCACUUUCAAAUCGUGAAAAAAAAAUAACGUCCCGUCUACGGCGAGGCCUAUACCAGGAAACAAGAUGUGCUAUUUCUGCCGAAUCCAAUUACCUUUCCCCCCCCUCUUCACACAGUCUUUCACUCUGUGAAGCCAAGAACAGAUUACGAGAAUAUUAACUUGAAACAAGGUCUGUGCGAAAGUCAGAACGGCCUCCAAUGUAAAUCUUUGCAAAGAAAACGGCUGCCAUUUUUUUUCACUAUAGCAAAACCAUCUCCGAAAACUAAUCUGGGUGACGAUACAUUACGAUACACGGGCGUUGAAAUCAUGAAUGGCCAAUAUAGAGUCGCUCAUCUUGGAUGGCUGAAUUGGACUUUUCACGCAGAGCCCCGACUGACUGGGCGAAGCGCUAAGGCGGGCGACAGAGAGCAACUAAAGGGAUUAUCGUACGUCAGUUGAGGAGGAAAUCUCGCUUCCCACUGCUGACUGUUCUCAAAAUAAGUCCAGUGCGUCUCCAUGAGGAAGCACCAACUCAGAGCUCUUGCUGGCCGCUUUGAAUCCUUCCUCGCAAGGCAAUUGCGCGCUCCGUGUACAAACGGGCAGCAUCUCGGAAUUUCCACGGAUGUUAGCCGACGCCGCGGCACAACCACGCUUGGCGUUUUCCAAAGGGGACAUGGACGCCGAUCUUUAGGAAUCCAUGGGAGACGGGGACUUUUUCCAACUCUGCCGAGAGACUUGAGGCAAGCGUUGCCGCCUCGAUUUCAACUUGAGGAUAUUUCCGAGACGUCGACAAAAGAUCGCUAGCAUGCACGGUGGCCUCGCAUUAUGACAUCCGGUCACCGAAACGAACCCGAGAGGAUAUUUUGGACUCGACUCAGUGCGAGCGGCAAAGGAUGUAAACUCUAGGUCAUCGUAGAGAUGCCCCGGUUUCCGACUGUCAUUCAAACGACGAGUGAGUGGGGGGAGGGGAGGAUUCAAUGGUUUCAGUAACAGAGCACGAAGGUGACGUUGGAAGACCCCAGGAGAAUGGAGUCGGCGGAGCAACGGGACCGGGCGCAAUUGCUUUGGACACACCCGUCAUGUCCUUCACCGAGGUCGACGAGGACCGCCAAGAUGGGGAGGAAUCUGACGAGGCCCGAGGGGAUUACACGCAAAAUUAUUGGGAAGACGAGGACGACAUCUUCCAGGAGUUUGAGGAAUUGGACUUUGAGUCUCUGUCGGAUAACUCGGACACGAGGAGCGUCGCGUCCGACGAUUCUUUCUACCCGCUCGACGCUAGCGUGGGAUCGGACGGUCUGCGCUCGCCGUGUCGCGGGAGCCCGGAGCCGAUAUCCUUCUUCAAGGCCUGCUGCAACAACAACACCGUCAUCGUCAAGAUCAUGAUCAGACAAGGACUGACCGAGGAAGAAGUGCAGGAGACGGACCGCAACAGAAGAUCUGCGCUGAUCGUAGCGUGUUACUAUGGCUACGUGGAUGUGGUCAUCGCCCUCGCCCAGUGUCCUCACAUUGACGUCAACUGGCAGGAUAACGAGGGCAACACGGCCCUUAUUACGGCAGCGCAAGCGGGUCACGUGUUCAUUUCUCACUACCUGCUGAACUACUUCCCCGGGCUCGAUCUUGAGAGGAGGAACUGUCACGGUUUCACAGCUUUAAUGAAGGCCGCGAUGCAGGGUCGGGCCGAAACGUGUCGAGCGCUCAUGCUGGCUGGAGGUGACAUGCAAGCCAGAGAUAACGGCCGCGGGAUGACCCCGCGGGAAUGGGCUCUCUUCACCGGUCGCUAUGAGACGGCUUACCUGAUGUAUCAGGUCAUGAUGAGGCCGUGCGCUGAGCAGUUCUGCGAUUCCUUCAGCCUGGAGUGGCCCUUGCUGGAGGAUCUUGUUGCCAAAGCCGAAGAGCCAAAGUCCUGCUGGAAGCGUUCUCUCGAGCUUCUGUCCUGUUGCCCUUACAGAUUCUACCUUAACAAUAAGGUGAACCCUGUGGACGAUGGCGUUCUGGAGCACAUGGUCCGCAUCACCACCGGUCUCAGCAGUCCAUUUAUCGCCACGGCCUGUCGGACGGUGUGCCCGGGAAGCCCGCCGCGCGUUGGAAAACGACGCUACGCAGUGCAGGAAAUUCUCAGGAGGCAACGCUUGGCCGAGCUAAAGCACCUCGGCCCCGACAGGCUGAACCACUACAAGAGAUUUUUCCAGAACUCCCGGGUGCAACUGGUCCCAAAGGCGAGGGAUCGGCGGGCCAGCCUCCAGCUUCAAUUGCUGGACGACGUGGCCGCCGCAUCCGCCGUGGCCAUAAGACGGGCGAGUCUCCUCCCGCUUCAUUUGCUGAGGAGGAGCAGCGUACGACCGGGCAUCGUGGUCCCAAAAGUGAGGCUCUGCAAGGCCCCGACUCCCACUUUUAAACCGGAAAAGCUCCGGCGCAAUCCGAGCUAUCAUCAGCUCCAAAUCCCAAAGUGGGAAUACAAGAUGAAGAGAAUCGAGAGAAAGAAGGAAGAGAGACUGUUACCACCGACGAGGCGAAGAUGA